GAAAUAUUAAAAUAUGCUGUUAAAAGGUAACUGUUACACGUAAUACAGCAUGUGCACAUGACCUUCUACAAUGUCGCAAGAUGACAAGGAUUCUUGUAAAGUAUUCAAUAGUGAAAGUAAUGAGGAACCAGAAGAUAUAAGAAACAAUAAAAGAAAAAAUCAAAAAAGAUCGAGUACUACCAAUCGCAUUACCAAAGAAGGUUAUAUACACCUAAUAGAAGAUAGCCUGAACACAUUUAAAUUGGCACCUUCACCAAUACCGAACAAAGUAGCGGUCCAUUUUAGAAAACAUAUAGGAAAAAUAAAUCAGCAGUGUUCAUAUUGUGGCGCAGCCAAGGAUGAAUAUGUUGUACCAGAAGUUAAGUUCAAUUUAAUAGGCAAGACUGCAGCACUACUAGGAUAUAAGGUAGCAUGUAAAACAUGUGAAAUGAUAUCGGAUUUACGUCAUCUUAAUAAUUCCAUGGCAAAGGAUAUAGUCCACUCUAGUGAAAAUAUGAAGAGCAUUUCUCAACACUUCCAAAAGGUCAAUGAGUUGCAACAUGGUCAUGAAACUGCUUUGCGUAAUGCAAUAUCUAAAUACCGUGGGUAUAUACAUUCCAAUCACAAAAUGAGGAAGAGAUUGGCUAACGCAGUGCAUAGGAGCAUAAAGCGGGGUACUGAAUCAAGCUAUGGACGAUUUACCGGUACAGAAUUUUACAUGGCUGCAUCAUCACCAUCUGUUGAUAAUGAUACGCCAUGUUUAGGUGUUGCUCGUAUGGGUCGAAAAAAGAAGAUGACGACGCAUGUUCCGGUAUCAAGCAUAGUUCUAGCACACAAUAACAGAAUAAAUGCAGUAUCAAUGGCUAUUAACAUGCAAAAGAUAUUGAAAAACAAAAAAAUAUCUCCACAGGCAAAGGAAUAUUGGAGACAUUGGAUACUGAAAGAAGUGCCUAACCUGAACGGUGCUAUGAUGUCACAACUAAUAUGUUCACUAGUCGAUUUGCGAAUGGUAUACCCCGAUAUCAUAAGAGUAUGUAUCCUCAAACUCGAGGAUAUAUUGGCUAGCAAUAACACAACAGAUAUUCUGGAGGCUGCAGUUAGCAUACUUACCGUGCCACGUAUACACUCGAUUAUCUCGCUCCAAGAUAUCAAAAGGUGCGUAUAUGUCGUCAUAUCCCAAGUGCAUGAAGCAACUGGUGAAAUUUUGUUAAGGCUCACACAGGCAUACACAUCGAUGCUAUUACAUGAUCUAGUCACAGUUCAUGAAUUGGGUAGCCUCAUACAGAGAACAAUAACACACCCGGACGCUGUAAGAGUCAUUAAGUCAAAUAUCAACCCUAUGGUGGAGUUACUAAAGGCUAGUACUACAUACAUCGAGUAUAUAGGAGAUGGACCUGGCCAUGUAGGUGAUAUAACGGCUUUUAUAAGGCACAAUAUACUGCCCGUACUGUUCGAGGAUGUCUACGAAUUAACAGCUGAACAAGUCACGGAUGCUGUUGUAUUUCUGGAUAAAGCAAAUGUAGUUGUGGACCGGAACACACUGGUAUUAUGUUCCCAAAGGUUCGUCAGAGAUGCUCCGCAGUUUGCAAUCACAGCGAUGCUACAGUUCCAUAAUGCCAUGAUCAAUAUGGGAUACAUUGACCCCAAAGCAAUAUUAACACUCAUCACAACAUUACCCAGGAGAACACAGUCCCUAGAUAGUGUUGAACAUAUUCUAGCACUCAUUAGGAUAGUGCAAACCGCUAAUCUACAAAGCGAGUAUAUGAAUGAAUUCAUAUUGGAGCAACUCAUGCAAAUAGGUUACAAAGUUGGAAAGAAGCAUAAAAUUGCUUUCGAAAACAUGAAAAAUAACUUUGUAAAAGAUUGCAUUAAUUUAUUAGACUUAUAAAAAAAUAACUACAUUAUGUUAUAAGUUGGG